ACUAUUGUUGGUGCCAAGAACAAUGCGACCAAUCUUUCUUCUAUUACUUACUACAGGAUGGAAGAUGAAGCCGUGUUAGACAGGGGAGCGUCCUUUAUCAAGCACGUCUGCGACGCCGAAGAGGUGGCGGGCCACCACACCGUCUACAUCGGUGUUCACGUGCCGAAGAGCUACCGCAGGAGGAGGCGUCACCGGCGACGGGGAGUGGGCCAGAAGGAGAGGAGCAAAGAGCGGGAAAGGACAGCGGAAGCUUCCGACCGAUCUGACACCGAGAACAAUGAGGACCAGGCUGGUGGCAGCCUGUUCAAACCCCACCUCUCGUCGGCGGCCGAGAGGAUCCGCUUCAUCCUCGGCGAGGAUGACGACAGCCCGGCCCCUCAACUCUUCACCGAGCUCGAUGAACUGCUGGCCAUCGAUGGGCAUGAGAUGGAGUGGAAGGAGACCGCCAGGUGGAUCAAGUUUGAGGAGAAGGUGGAAGAAGGGGGAGAGAGGUGGAGCAAGCCUCACGUGGCCACUCUCUCCCUGCACAGCUUGUUUGAACUCCGCACCUGCCUAGAGAAAGGGACGGUCAUCUUAGACAUGGAAGCUUCCACUUUGCCUCAGAUCGUAGACCUGAUCAUCGAGGAGCAGGUGGCGAAGGGUCUGCUGAAGGCUGAGCUGAAGGACAAGGUGACCUACACCCUGCUGCGUAAACAUCGGCACCAGACCAAGAAAUCCAACCUGCGCUCCCUGGCUGAGAUCGGCAAGACGGUUUCCAGUGCAAGUAGUCCGGCGAUGAUCCAUCGCAACCUGACCACAACCAGUAUGAACGACAUUUCCGACAAACCCGACAAGGAUCAGCUGAAGAACAAGUUCAUGAAGAAGUUGCCCCGUGAUGCUGAAGCAUCCAACGUGCUGGUGGGGGAGGUGGACUUCCUGGAGGCCCCCUUCAUUGCCUUUGUCCGCCUUCAACAGGCCGUGAUGUUGGGGGCAUUGACCGAGGUCCCAGUGCCAACCAGGUUCCUGUUUGUCCUGCUGGGACCGAAGGGGAAGGCCAAGUCCUACCACGAGAUCGGCCGAGCAAUCGGCACGCUCAUGUCUGACGAGCUGUUUCACGAUGUGGCCUACAAAGCCAAGGACAACGAAGAUCUCCUGGCCGGCAUUGACGAGUUUCUGGAUGAGGUGAUUGUGCUUCCUCCGGGCGAGUGGGACCCCGAGAUCAGGAUCGAACCCCCCAAGUCCCUGCCGUCCUCUGAUAAGAGGAAGAACAUGAUUUCGGGUGGAGAGAGUGUGCAGAUGAAUGGCGACAUGCCCCACGACAGUGGACAAGGAGGCGGGGGGCACGAGGUGUCGGACGAGCUGAAGAAAACUGGAAGGUUCUUCGGGGGCUUUGUGGCGGACAUCAAGAGGAAGAUCCCGUGGUACGCCAGUGACUUCUACGACGCGCUCAGCAUCCAGUCGCUGUCCGCCAUCCUCUUCAUCUACCUGGGCACGGUGACCAACGCGAUCACCUUUGGUGGGCUGCUCGGAGAUGCCACAGAAAACAUGCAGGGCGUGUUGGAGAGUUUCCUGGGCACUGCUGUCACUGGAUGCGUCUUCUGCUUGUUCGCCGGGCAACCACUCACCAUCCUCAGCAGCACCGGCCCCGUGCUGGUCUUCGAACGUCUCCUCUUCAGCUUCAGCAAGGACAAUGCCUUUGACUACCUGGAGUUCCGUCUGUGGAUCGGCUUGUGGUCGGCCUUCCUGACUCUGAUCCUGGUUGCCACGGACGCCAGUUUCCUGGUGCAGUACUUCACCCGCUUCACUGAGGAGGGCUUCUCCUCCCUCAUCAGCUUCAUCUUCAUCUACGAUGCCUUCAAGAAGAUGAUCAAACUCUCCCACUACUACCCCAUCAACUCCGACUUCCAGGUGGACUACGUAACCAUGUUCAGCUGCACGUGCCUGCCACCUGUCCCAGGUGUGAACUCAAGCCUUCAUUGGAAUGACUCUGACACGGUGACCUCCGCAAUGCCACUGCUGUACAAUGACACCCUACUCACAAACACGAGCUUUGACUGGUCAUCGCUGUCCAAGAAGCAAUGCGUGAAGUACGGGGGCCGCAUGGUGGGUGCAAGCUGCCACUUUGUCCCAGACGUUACCCUCAUGUCCUUCAUCCUCUUCCUCGGCACCUACACCUGUUCCAUGACCCUGAAGAACUUCAAAACCAGCCCCUUCUUCCCAACCAGGAUCCGAAAGCUCAUCAGUGACUUUGCCAUCAUCCUGGCCAUUCUGAUCUUCUGUGGACUGGAUGCCCUGGUUGGAGUGGACACACCAAAGCUAAUCGUGCCAAGCGAGUUCAAGCCAACGAGCCCAAAGCGAGGGUGGUUUGUGCCGCCAUUUGGGGGCAACCCGUGGUGGGUGUGCCUGGCGGCUGGCCUUCCUGCCCUCCUCAUCACCAUCCUCGUCUUCAUGGACCAGCAGGUCACCGCCGUCAUCGUCAACAGGAAGGAGCACAAACUGAAGAAAGGUGCGGGCUACCACCUGGAUCUGUUCUUGGUGGCCAUCCUGAUGGUCCUGUGCUCAUUCAUGGGCCUGCCCUGGUACGUGGCAGCUACCGUGAUCUCCAUCGCCCACAUCGACAGCUUGAAGAUGGAGACGGAGACAUCAGCACCCGGAGAGCUACCCAAGUUCCUGGGGGUCAGGGAACAGCGUGUGACUGGCAUCAUUGUCUUCAUUCUGACUGGAGCAUCUGUCUUCAUGGCACCCAUCCUCAAGUUCAUCCCGAUGCCGGUUCUCUACGGCGUGUUUCUGUACAUGGGCGUUGCUUCGCUGAAUGGCGUGCAGUUCAUGGAUCGGUUGAAGCUGUUGCUGAUGCCGGCCAAGCACCAACCGGACUUCAUCUACCUGCGUCACGUGCCGCUGCGCCGAGUCCACCUCUUCACCUUCAUCCAGGUGGUCUGCCUCACCAUGCUCUGGGUCCUCAAAUCAACCGUGGCCGCCAUCAUCUUCCCCGUCAUGAUCCUGGCGCUGGUCGCUGUAAGGAAAGCAAUGGACUACAUCUUCACCCAACAUGACCUCAGCUUCCUCGACGAUGUCAUCCCGGAGAAGGACAAGAAGAAGAAGGAGGAUGACAAGGAGAAAAAUAAAAAGAUGAGCGUGGACAGCGACAACGAAGAUUCCGAUUACCCCUACUCAGAGAAAGUUCCUGCAAUUAAAAUCUCAAUGGACAUGAUGGAGCAAGAACCUUUCCUAGCCAGUAACAUAUCUACUGACAGAGAAGAUCCGCCGACAUUCCUUGAACGACACACUGCUUGCUGAUUCCACCCCCUUCUACCAGUCUAUCUCCAUCCCAAGCCCUCCCACCACUCCAUGGAGAACCGUGCCUCAGAUAAGGAUUGAACUUGAGCCCGACUACGAAUUGGGAUCGUUGUGGAGAAGCCGCGGCACGGAAACAUCGCUCUGAUCCCCGGCGGACACACGCGUGUUGUGACGCCGGGUGGACACGCCUGGUACCCGGCAACAACAGCGGGCUAGGACCCGCUGGGGACAUGGGCACCUUUCACACCCUGUCUAUCCCAACCCACUCUCCCCCUCCCCCUCCCUCUCCCCGUGACUAACCUCCUGCCUGGAGAGUGUGAGGGGCCGGCGGGGACUGGGGUGGGGAGCAGAGGGGAUGAGUCUCCCUCCCCCACCACCUCCAGCCUGGCUCAGCGGUUCCUCCUCGUCCCGUUAAGAGCCAAUGCGAAGGACUAGCAGCAAAACUGCUGACUAUGCAAAGGUAACUUCUCCAAUGACACUUUAACCCUACCUGUCGGCAAACCUAAUUACAGACAGAUCAAAGACUCCUCACACCUGACCUCUUGUAUUGAACUCCAUUAGCAUUGGGUCCAGUAAUUAUCAGGUGUAAUAUAUUUUCCGGCAGCAGACACGGUCUGGUGUCAGAUGUAGUGCUACCUCUCAUUUCUAGAUGAAAGAAUUUCUGUAUAAAUGAUUAUUGUAUACUACUGUGAUUAUUAAUUUCAAUCUGACAGGUGAAAGCUGGGGGUCUCAAAAUCAGUAAUACUCCCUUAACAUAUCUCUGAAACCUUUUUU